GUAGCUCAUCGGUUCCUGUACCUUGUCAUUUCUGCCUAUAUAGAAUGACGCUGUGAAUAAGAACCAAUAAUUUUUUUCAAAAUUAAUAAGAACCAAUAAAAUUUUUAGAAUUUUGAAAAGAAAAAAUGACAUUAUUUUUCAUAAUCCACUCAUUUGAAUGCUGAUAUUCGAUUGGUUUUUCCUUCCAUAGAGUGAGGAAGAACCACCAAAGAAUUCCCGAUACGAUGAUGUACUUGCCUCAGGUUCAAUGUUUGAAUACCGAUCCUGAGACGGUGAGGGGGUGAAAAUCAGAGCCGUUGGAUUGGCCAGAAUAGAUAGGGGUUGUAUACAUGCACAGGGCAAAGAUGACUUUCGAUUAAGUGAGACGUUGCUAAUGGUAUUGCCAAGUCGGUUCCUUGAAUGCUCCGGAACAGUACAUGGACAUGUUAAAUUCAGUGUCCCACCUUGUCUUUGUCCAUGCAAUGUACGGAUUCCCCAAUAAAUCUCCAUGGAUUCUUGUCUUUGUUUCUGCAACCUUCUGAGAUUCCAUUCGAUAUCGGACAUUCAAUCUUGAAGGUUACCGAUAUAUUUCGAAGAAGACUGAGAUAUGCAUUCAUUGUGGACUUCGGUCAAGGAGAACAUGAAAUGUGCAAGUAAACUGACCGAUGUUGCAGUAGUUCCUCGGCCUCGAGUGGUGUACGUUAAAGUUAAAGGAAACAACUCGGCGUUUAACAGCACGAGGGAUCCCGAGUGCAGGUUGGCUCCUGACCAAAUGGAGAGUAUUUCCUGUAACUUGCCUAAGAAGAAAAGAUGCGAGCAGGCGAGGCUAUCUGAACUUAGUAAUGGGGACCCAUCGAGGAGCAUUAUCGAGAGGAUAGUUCAGGCAUCGAUGCCCGAGGCCUCGAAGAACCAUCGAAUAAUCACGAGGGUCUUUAGGGUCAGGAACCUAUCAGAAAUCCUGGACAGGUUUGAGAAGCACAGAGAAAUGGUGAAGAGGAUGGCCUGCCUCUGUGACACGUCUCACCCCCGGAACUUAGUCGACGGGAACGAAUUGCUUCUGUUCUAUGGCACGACCAUUAGCUGCUGCAGCAAGAAGAAAGAGCCAUCUGAGUCAGUCUCCGAGCUGUGCAAUGAGCCGAAUUGCAGAGUCUGCAGAGUGAUCGGGUCAAACUUUGAUACAGAGCUUACAAGAAAGUUCGGAAUUCGGCUGAGUAGAAGCUGUGAGGUAUCGAGCGAGAGGGCGACUCAGAGUUCAAGAGGGAGGUGUGUGAAGAGGGCUGUGAUUGUUUGCAGGACAAUUGCUGGGACCAAAGGUGGAGGGAGAGAUUUGAUUAGAAGUGUUGCUGACAAUAGUUCAGAUGGCAUCAUUGUUCUGAAUCCUAAUGCUGUCUUGCCAUGCUUUGUCAUUGUUUUCAACUGAUUACUAUUUCUUACCGUAAUUGAUAUGACUAAUCCUCAUUCAAGUAUCGGCUUGGUCGAUGUAUUGGACUUACCUUCAUGUAUUAUAUAUUGUUACCAUCACAGAUAUUCUGAUA